AAGAAAAUUACGGGUUUGAAGGGCUCGACUCAAGCUCGGUGCAGAAAGUUUUGGAGACUCAAGCGGUGGUUUCGAUCACCAUUGGAAGAGCUUCAGACAACCCUCAAGUCCCUACUAAAUUAACAUGGAAGAGAAGUCUGGAGUUGUGGUGGUGGUGGUGCCUUUUGUCGCACAAGGUCAUCUCAACCAACUCCUCCACCUCUCUCGUCUUCUUUCUGCCUACAAUCUACCCAUCCAUAUUGUCGGCACCACCACCCACAACCGUCAAGCAAAGCUUCGAGUCCAUGGUUGGGAUCCCAUCUCCGCAGCAAACAUCCAUUACCAUGAGUAUCAAACACCCCAAUUCGAAUCUCCGCCACCAGACCCUAAUGCUUCCACAAAGUUCCCCACCCACCUUAUCGCUUCAUUCAAAGCUUCAUCUCACCUACGUGAACCAUUUGCACAACUUUUGGCCACAAUUUCUCCCACUGCCAGGCGAGUCAUCGUUGUUCAUGAUUAUCUAAUGAGCAUAGUUGUUCAAGAUGUGGUUUCAUUUGAAAACACAGAAGCCUAUGUCUUCCAUGGUGCUUCGGCUUUUACGACAUUCUCAUACAUAUGGGAAGGGAAAGGAAAGCCAUGCUUAGAUGAUGUUGAAUCCUAUAUGCAUCUUAGGAAGAUCCCUACUCUUGAAGGCGUUAUACCUGCAGAUUUCUUGGAAAGAGCUGUGGCUAAUAAUGUUUGCCACAAGUUUAAUUCGGGCAAUCUCUAUGAUGCAUGUAAAGUCAUCGACCACAAAUUCCUCGAUUUUCUUGCUGAAGAAGGAGUUUGUGGAAGUUCAAAGCAGUGGGCAAUGGGUCCUUUCAAUCCAGUGGCCAUAAUCGAUGAUGAAAACCCUAGCAAACGUCACAAGGUGCUAGAGUGGAUCGAUAAACAAGCUAAAGACUCUGUGAUAUACGUUUCAUUUGGGACGACGACUUCACUAUCUGAUGAACAAAUCCAAGAACUUGCUAUUGGCUUAGAGAACAGUGAGCAGAACUUCAUCUGGGUGUUACGAGAUGCAGAUAAAGGAGAUAUCUUUGAAGGAGAAGUCAGGAGAAUUGAACUACCAAAAGGGUUUGAAGGAAGAGUUGAAGAAAGAGGACUGGUGGUUCGAGAAUGGGCACCACAAUUAGAGAUACUGGCUCACCCUGCAACAGGUGGGUUCAUGACUCACUGUGGUUGGAAUUCGAGUAUGGAGAGCAUCACAAUGGGAAUUCCCAUGGCUGCUUGGCCAAUGCAUUCGGACCAACCAAGAAAUGCUACGUUAAUAACAGAGGUGAUAAAGACCGGCAUAAGUGUAAGAGAUGGGGAGGAUAAUGAGAUCAUAUCAUCUUCAGGUAUUGAAAAAAGUAUCAGAAAAUUGAUGGGUUCAGAUGAGAUGAGGAAGAGAGCUGGUAAACUUGGUGAGGAUGUUAGGCGAUCUGUAGAAGAAGGUGGAGUUACACGAAUGGAGAUGGAUUCAUUUGUUGCUCACAUAACUAGGUAAUUAAUAUCAUUACUUUUGCUAAACGAUUGUCGUUUGUGCGUUAUAUUACGUAAGUGAUGUAUGAAAACAAGGAGAAUCUUAUUACAGUCGCACUCAUAAGCAUAUGCAUGUGUCUGACUAUAUAAAAAUAA